GCUGCAGUUCAGAGGCGGUGCUGCUGUCACACUCAGCUCCCCUCCAGCAUCUAUCUAUCUAUCGAUCUAUCUAUUUAGCCCAGCAACCUCCUGAUCACCCUGAGGAGCGACCUUCACCAGAAUUCUUUAUCUAAAUAACUAAAAAACAAACAAAUCUACAUACUUUCCUAAAAGGCUCAUUUUUUGGAGGAGUUUUUGGAGUCUCGUGCGUCUGCAGCCUGAGGAUCAAGCAGAUAACGUUAGAUGUCCAGGUAGCGUCUUGUGCAUCUCGUGCAUCUCACCAGCAGCCUGUUAAGUUGGAAACUUAAACUAAACUUCUCUGUGGAGCAACUUGUGGAGACUAUUACUACUACUACUACUACUUUUGUGUGUGUGCGCGUGUUGGAUCACUUCUACACUUUUUCCACGCUCGUGCGAAACAUGCAUCGCGAGCCUCCUCUGCUCGCCCUGUUGCUCCUGCUGCUGUUUCUUCACUUCCCCGCGCGGAUGCGCGCACUCCCGGACUCCGCGUGCACGCCAUGCGCGCGCCGCGUCUGUCCGAGCGAAGCGGCAGUGGGAGCGGAGGACAGGACGGGAGCGCGCGCCUGUGAGGACGGCACGCGCGCCCUCGCUCGCGACCCCUGCGGCUGCUGCGCGCCCCGCUGCACGCGCCUCGCGCUGGAGCUGUGCGGCGGGACGGACUGGACGCUGGGAUACUGCGGCCUGGGACUCACGUGCGCCGCGCUCAACCGCACCGGAGCCGCCGACAUCCCCGAGGUGGGGGUGUGUAAAGAGCUCCGCGGAGCCGCGGACGCUGGAGCGGAGGACGAGCGCUGCCCCCUGCUGAGCGGGUGUGACCGUGUGAGUGGAGAGUGUGUGUGUGAGUCCACACACUCCUGCAUCAGGACUUUCAGAUACCCGAGCAGAGAGUCGUGCGCCAGAGCCGCCAAGACAGAGGCUCGACGGCAUGAGCAGGAGCACAGAGACUCGAGGCACAAGGAGAGGUUUGUGGGUCCGGCUAACCCAGCCUGCAUCUUCUCCGGCUGUAACCUGACCGCAAAGGGCUGCGAGUGCACCUCCCAGAGCUGCCACGCCCACUUCACCUACGCCAACCGCAGCCAGUGCCAGCUAGCAGCAGAGGAGCUGAAAUGUGCUGGGAUCAUAUGCCCAACUCUACCUCCUGCCGAUUGCCCUCCUGACUCAGUAUUGACCCACAGCUAUACGCCCCCUGGAGGCUGCUGCCCCACACUGCCGCCUCAGUGCACCUGUAGUCAGUGCCCACCCCAGCCAGAAUGCCCCAGCGGACACAGAGCCGUCCUCAUCAACGAGGCCACAGGAGCACCGGGGAACUGCUGCCACACUUACGACUGCCAGACAGUUUCCCCCAGAUGUGUGCACAACGGGAAGAAGUUUGCUGAGGGCGAGGUGUACCGUAUGGACUCCUGCUGGCUGUGCCAGUGCCGAGGAGGCGUCUCCUUCUGCUCCAAAGCCGAGUGUGCUGAGCUGGACUGUGAUAACUUCUACAUCCCAGAAGGAGAAUGCUGCCCAGUCUGCAUAGAUGUGGAGCUGUUGUCAGUGGAGAGCACCAAGGCCAGCUGCUGGGUGAACCACAAGCUGAGGCAGCACGAGGAGCAGUGGAAGGAGGACGACUGUACGUUCUGCCAGUGUGUGGAUGGAGAACCUCAAUGCACAGCCAUGGCCUGCAAACAGACCUGCCAGAACCCCGUCAAGAUCCCAGGAGAGUGCUGCCCCUUCUGUGAGGAACCUUCCUACGAGACCGUGAGCCCCCUACUGUGCCCCCCACUCCAAAACUGCUCACUAUCGGCACACGACUGCCCGUUUGGCUUUCAGCAGGAUCACAACGGCUGUCUGAGGUGUCAGUGUCUUGGCAACGACUCCUGUCCUGAAUUGUCGAGGUACUGUAACCUGCAGUGCCUGAUGGGAUACGAGAAGGAUGACUUUGGCUGUGAGGUGUGUGAGUGCAGCUUGCCCUCUAACUGUAAACCUCUGACCUGCAGCAAGACCUGCCCAUAUGGAUACAUGAGGAACAAGCAUGGGUGUGAGAUGUGUCGCUGCAUUAAGUGUCCUCCCUUUACCUGUGAUGAGCAGUGCAGUGAAGGCUACAAGCAGAACAGGAAGGGCUGCAGUGUGUGUCUCUGUAAAGAGGGUGAGCAUGCUCCCAGCACUACUACACCUCCUCCUCCUCCACCGCUGCCCAGCUUCUGUCUCACCGCCCAGGGCCAGCGAUUCGAGGAGGGCGACGGUUGGCACGAUGGCUGCAGAGAAUGCUACUGCCACGCUGGACGUGAGAUGUGUGUGCUCAUAUCCUGCCCCGUGCCCAGCUGCAAACAACCAGUGCUCAGACCUCACCAGUGCUGUCCCACCUGUGAGGACGAGGUGGGCAGUGGGCAGCCGGAGGGGAUGGAUAUGGUGGUCUGUCGAGCUCCUGGAGGGGAUCUCUAUGUGGAGGGUGAAACGUGGAACCUGGAUGAAUGCACUCGCUGCACAUGCAGACAGGGCAGAGUGCUGUGUGAUACUGAAGCAUGUCCGCCCACUCUCUGCCAGGCACCAAUCAGGAGCAAGGACACCUGCUGCUACACCUGCCCAGAGGACUCAUCCAGUUCCCUGCUUCCCGUCAACACCAGCCAGAGAGAGUACUGCAUCUCCGGUGAAGGAGACGUCCUAUUGGCCGGAGACUCGUGGAAGCCGAACGCAUGCACCAGCUGCAUCUGCAACAACGGGACUGUUCAGUGCUUCUCUCAGAGAUGUCCUGUGGCCAACUGCAGAGUUCCAGUCCUGCGUAAAGGCCAGUGCUGCCCACACUGUUUAGAAGUCACGACAACCUCAGUACCGAUGAUGGUGUCGACCACAAUGGCCAAACCCAAAACCAACACAACUGCUUCUACCACCACCACCACUACCAUUACCACCACUUCUUCUUCUUCUUCUACUACUACUGAAAGAACAGUUGUUCUGACCACCACUCAUACACGGCCUCCCGUGGUUGCAAUCACAGAUGAUAGAGGUCUGAGCAAGGACGGCCCAAGCCAGGCAGAAAUGUCCCUCAUCUACCAAUCAGCAGCCUGGAUCCUGGCGGGUCUUCUCUUGGCUAUAGUCAUCUUUCUCAUCGUAGCCAUUCUCAUCAACAAAAAGAAGAAGUGGGUUCAGAUGUCCUGCUACAGUGCACCCAAAAAGGCCGUGAUCCUGAAGAAGCACGUGAACAAGAACUCGGUUGUGUACAUGGAGCCGUCCAAGGAAAACAAGUUCCAGAGCGUGAAGAACGACUGCGGCGUGACCUUCUCCCCAGACGUGAGCUCGCCCUGCGGGGAGCGGAUCAGCAUCCCGCGCGCCAAGCUCGGCAACGGACACGCGAGGGUCCAGCGCUAACAUGUCCUGAGGUCAGCUGGCAGGACUUCAGGAAGUUUCCCUUUCAUCUCGCCUCCGUUUCACACACAUCCGUGGAGCUCACGAGAGAAACUCUUACCACAUGCUGAGGAUUCUUCUUCUUCGAAGGAUUGUGAAACUCUCUCUGUUGUGACGUCUCGCUUUAUUACAUUGUUGUUUCGCCUCUUCUAUCAUGUUUGUAGCUUUAAAAACUCGACGUUGCUGCCUGAGAAUCAGCAGCAACAACAACAACAAAAAGGAGGAAGAGGAGGAAGAACUGUAGUUUCAUUGACGUUAAAGCCAUGCCAUCUUGAAACGAUGAGCGACAAUGGCUUUACGAACAGCUUAUGAACAUCUGAUCACUUUGAAGACUGUUAUAUAUAUACAUACACAUUUGUUAUUUGUAUUAAGAUACUACCAACUCCAAAAAGGAAGAUCUGACUUCCUGUCUCCUUCCUGUCAGAGUGACACCACCUAAAAGGGCAGCUACCUGGCUGCUUUCCUUCACAGACGUUUUAUUUUAUUUUUUUUAUCUGGAGAAAAAAAUAAAACACAGACCCCGCUAUGACAUGGUUGAGGGUCUGUCUGGUGCCCAAUGGAAGCAA